AUGAGAGAAGCGAUUACUGUUAAAGAAAGACUUGCUAUCACAUUAAGAUAUUUAGCUACUGUAGAUUCAUAUACAAGUUUACAAUAUAUUUUUCGUGUGUCAAAACAAUCAAUAUCGAGAAUUGUUCCAGAAGUUUGCGAUGCAAUUAUUGAAGCAUUGCAUGAUUAUGUAGAGUUACCUUCAACUGAGGAAGAAUGGUUAGCUGUUGCCAAAGAAUUUGAAGAGAAAUGGAAUUUUCCAUGGAACAGCGGUACAGAGUAUUAUAAUUAUAAAAACUUCUUCAGCAUUGUUUUGUUUGCUUUCGUAGACGCUAACUAUAAUUUUAUGUACGUCGAUAUUGGAUGCCAAGGAUGGAUAUCUGAUGGCGGAGUGUUCAAAAAUACUAAUUUGUAUAGAAAACUUGAAAGAAAUGAACUUAAUAUUCCAGCACCAUGUCCCUUGCAGGUUCCAUAUCUACCAGAGGGGCCGUACAUGUUACUAGGUGACAAAGCAUUUUCAUUAAAUGAAUAUACUAUGAAACCAUUCGAAGGCUUUAUAUCGUGGCCUCUGUACUUGGUCGUCGCCAGUUACAGGAUUAACUUUUAUUUCUCUCCAAAUGCUUCACCGCAACUGAAGAGGACUCAGCGGGUUCCGUCUCUUACAAUUAGAGCCAGUAAUAACCAAAAUGAAAUCAAGACGGGCCUAAGGGUUCUAAUAGCAGGUCCACCCCUACAGAGCCUAGCCUGA